GGGAAUGCCUGGGAUGAGUGCACCCGGGCCGGCGGAGAGCCAGAGUGGGCGCCGGGCGGAGCCGCGGCGCUCUCGGACCCCGGACUCCCGGCCCGUCGCCGCUAUGUACGACCCCGAGCGCGGCUGGAGCCUGUCCUUCGCCGGCUGCGGCUUCCUGGGCUUCUACCACAUCGGGGUGACCCGCUGCCUGAGCGAGCGCGCCCCGCACCUCCUCCGCAACGCGCGCAGGUUCUUCGGGGCCUCGGCCGGGGCGCUGCACUGUGCUUUCUUCCUCUCUGGGGUCCCGCUGGAGCAGACAUUGCAGGCCCUCAUGGACCUUGUCCGGAGCGCCAGGAGUCGGAAUAUUGGCGUCCUCCACCCGGCCUUCAAUUUGAGCAAGCACCUCCGAGAUGGUCUCCAGAGAUACCUCCCAGACAACGUCCACCAGCUCCUCUCGGGCAGAAUUGUCAUCUCACUCACCAGAGUGGCCGAUGGAGAAAAUGUGCUGGUGUCUGAUUUUCGGUCCAAAGACGAAGUCGUGGACGCCUUGUUUUGUUCCUCCUUCGUGCCUUUCAUCAGUGGCUUGAUCCCCCCUUCCUUCAGAGGCGUGCGAUACAUAGAUGGAGGUGUGAGUGACAUCAUACCUUUCUUUGAUACCAAAACGACCAUCACUGUUUCCCCCUUCUAUGGAGAGAGUGACAUCUGCCCCAAAGUCAAGUCCACGAACUUUCUUCACGUGGACUUCACCAAGCUCAGUCUACGCCUCUGCUCAGAGAACAUCUACCUAUUAACCCGGGUGCUAUUCCCUGCGGAUCUCAAGGUGCUUGGAGAGCUAUGCUUUCGAGGAUAUUUAGACACGGUCAGGUUCUUGGAAGAGAAUGGCAUCUGUGACAGGCCCCCUCUGUGCCUGAGUGCAUCCUCAGCAGAGUCGGAAGUCCUCGAGGCCCCCUGGGAGCACGGGAGGCUGCAGCCUUCCCCGGGCAUGGCCGCCGGGGAGGCGAGGCCCGAGGGAGACAAGCUGCUGGACCACCCGCACCUCAGCAUCCUGCCCUGGGACGAGAGCAUCCUGGAGACCCUGUCGCCCAAGCUCACCAUAGCCCUGAGGGAAGCAAUUAGAAACCAAGAUGGGUACAUAAGCAAGAUGUGCAACUUCUUGCCAAUUAAGGUCAUGUCCUACGUGGUGCUGCCCUGCACGCUGCCCGUGGAGUCUGUGAUUGCUGUGGUCCAGAGACUGGUGAUGUGGCUUCCAGACAUGCCCAGCGACAUCCUGUGGCUGUGCUGGGCGACCUCCCGGAUUUGUUCUCGAGUGAUGAUGCGUCUGCCCCCUGUGGAGCCCUACGUCAAGGACACGGGACAAAAACUCUGGAAUUAACCAAGCCCCCAUAGCAACUGUUGCCAUGGGCUCUCCUAAUCUAAACCGGACAGCCAUAGUCUAGGCUAGACUAGGGCUCUCCUAGUCUAAACCGGACUCCAUAGUAGGUAAAAUAUUCACCAUGUAGCAACCUCGUAGCACCCUGACCAAUCACCUGAUGCCAUCCUGCCAGCAGGAAUUUUCUUUGUCUUGAGUCUGUAAAAGUCGGCCACUAGCCCACAAAGGGGGUCGGCUCUCCCUGGUCCAUCAGGAAGCGGGCCCGCUGGAUUCGCAGCGCCCCUCUCUAACUCUGCUCUUUGUUCGCAAUAAACUCACUCUUUUCC